AUGGCCACAACUAAUGGGAGUUUAGAGUUGGCCGGUGCUGCGUCAAAGACCCACGAAGGACGAUCCAAAGCAAGCACAUUUCAGCUAAUAAACUUUGUUGAAAACGCUCAGUCAGCUACUUCUUCAGUUCAAGUAGCUGAAGUUGUUAAACAGGCCAUUGAAUCACCUUCCAUCUUUGUUUUUGGCGAACUCUUGGAUGUUGACAAUGUGAAAGCUCUGCGCGGUACUGCCGAAGAGCCGUACUUGACACUGCUGAACCUGUUUGCUUUUGGCACCUUUUCAGAAUACCAGCAGCAGAAACUAGAGCAAUCUGGUUCACUUCCCGAUCUGAGUCCUUCGAUGAGUACCAAGCUAAAACAGCUUUCUAUUGUGUCAUUGGCUCGCUCUCGCCGAAAUAUUCCGUAUGAAGAGUUGCAACAAGAACUUGAAAUUAAUAAUAUUCGACAGCUUGAGGAUUUAAUCAUUGAGCUCAUUUAUGCAAAUGUCAUCAAAGGUACGAUUGAUCAGCAGAAUCGUCGUUUGGAAGUUGAUCAAACUAUUGGUCGUGAUGUUCGCAUAGAAGAUUUCGAUACCAUCACCAGUGUUCUUGGGGAUUGGUGCAACAACUGCGACAGCAUUCUCACCAACCUCGAACAGCAAAUGUCUGCUGCUAAUCACUUCAAGGACGAUGCAAAAGUUGCUAAAGCACUUUUCGAAUCAAAAGUAGCUGCGGUUAAAAAGAACUCAAAAAACGUAAACGAGAAUGAGGACAUUGUAAUGUCGGAACUCAGUUUUGGGCGCGAAGAACGUGUGGAGAAGAUGAAAAGAAACGCAUCAUCAAAAGUUGGCAAAAGCUUUAUCCACAAAAAUCACCUAACCAAGAAUUGGCGCAAAGAUAAUUAG